CUCCUGGCCAAGGACUGGCCCUUCGGCGUGCAGGUCUGCAAGCUGGUGCCCUUCAUCCAGAAAGCCUCUGUGGGCAUCACAGUGCUCAGCCUCUGCGCCCUCAGCAUUGACAGGUACCGAGCCGUGGCGUCCUGGAGCCGGAUCCAGGGCAUUGGGAUCCCCAUGUGGAAGGCUGUGGAGGUGCUGCUGAUCUGGGCAGUGGCCAUCGUGCUGGCCGUGCCCGAGGCCAUCGCCUUCGACAUGGUGGAGCUGAGCUACUGGGAGCAGCACCUGUGGGUGUGCAUGCUGGCCUCGGA